ACAUUGCACAGCUAUCCUCUAACCAACAAUGAAUAGCAUCAAAUCAGUGAUUUUCUGUUGCCUUCUGGUGGCCGUCUCGGCCGGUGUAGACCGAAGAAGAGGUGGACAAGGAUCCAACAGAUUCCUUUCUGGAGGCUUCGGUGGCGUCCACGGAGGCGGUCUCUUCGGUGGCGGUUUUAAUGGUGGCGGAAUCCAUGGUGGUGGAAUUCAUGGUGGCGGUAUCCAUGGUGGAAUACACGGUGGUAGUGGUAUCAUCGGCGGUGGAAUCUCCAAUGGCCCAAGUGAAUGCAGAUAUUG